AUGAUGUUAGAAACGCCGAGCCAGAUGAAAAGCUUUUUCCAUCUGCCAAGUAUCCUUGAUCUUCCACUUCCUGCACCUGAAACUCAGUUCUUGCAGGGAGCUAAGAAAUUUUUGGAAGAAAGUCUCACAGAAAAUCAGUCACCACAGAGCCGCACAGAGGAAACAAAAGUCGUUAAGGGUCUCUGGUCUGCAGAAGAAGACAAAUUGUUGGUUGCUGCAGUAAAUGAGUGUCAUCCAAUUGUGUGGGAUGUUGUGGCAGAAAAGGUUCCAGGUAGGAACGCUAUACAGUGCAGAGAAAGAUGGCGGUAUAGACUCGCCCCUGAUCUUAAAAAGUCAAAGUUUGAGACAUGGGAAGAUCAACUGAUUCUUUCAGAACAGAGAAGAAUUGGUAAUAAAUGGACAUUAAUUGCAAACAAAUUACCUGGUAGGACAGCUUGUGCCGUUAAGAAUAGAUGGUAUUCAGUCCUUAGAAACCUGAAUCCUUUCUAA